AUGGGGUGCGUUUCCUCUGAAGAGACUAAGGCUUUGGCUUUUGAUGAUUAUCAAUUUUUGAAAACAGGAACUUUAUCAAUUGAGCUCACUUAAUUGAUUUUUGUGGUGAACAAUUUGAUAAGGGAAUUGAAAGUGAUAGAAUCAUCCUAUUCCGCAUUACAAAGGUUACAAACUUAUCUAGUUUAGGUUUCUCUUACAGCAAAUUAAAGUUUGAUUGAUGCAUUUGGAUUUUGGACAAGAUUUGUAUCGAUAUGCAAUUUAGGUCAAGGCAAGGCCAAUGGAGUAUUUUACAAACUAGUAGAAGAUGGUCGCAAUCUAAGUUACAAUUUGGGUCUUAACGGUGAUUUAAAAUUGCAAUGGUUUGGGGAAGUUUUAAAUGACUAUUUUAAAGCAAUUAUUGAUAUUACUGCUUGUAUCCCAAUAAUAAUUGAAUAGCUCAAAUUUCUAUAAGAUAAGAUCAACCAUCUUGGAUCUAACUUAAAAGAGAAGAAUCAGGUGUUCAAACACAAUAUGCUGUUGUUAAAAUUUAACUUGGCCUUCACAAAAAUUGCUUAUAUUCGAAUCAUGUAAUACAAUGAAGAAAUUGAAAUUUUCAAAUAAAAAUACUUGCAAAUUGGCGAAUCAGCAGAUGAAUAAGGAUUGAAGCUUUACUAAAAAUUUGGAGCUAAACAAAUGAACGAUAGACAAAAGUAUCGCAUGAAAGUAAAAAUUAAUCUCAUCAUGGAAUAAUGUUAUCAUGGUGAAAUGAGGUCUGAGAUCGAAUAUGACAUACAAAAUAAGCAGAAAGAAAAGAGAAAGACACUCAAACCAGCUUGGACCUUUGGAGAUGAUAUUGGAAUAGGAGUCAAAAAAUUCCCAUUCCGUGUCAGAUGGACAGGGUGUAAUUGUGUAGAUCACUCAUUUUUCAUCAUCUCUAAUUAUCUAGAAAACCACAGUAAGCAUCUCUUACGUAUCAGAAAAUUAUCUGUAUUCUUAAGAUAUCUCACUCAAUCAUACAAGACAGAAGAGGACACUCUGUCCAGGGCUUGGUUUAUUUUUUGCACACAUCUCACCCCUAAGGAGAGAAUGAUCAUUUAAUCUAAUUCCUCGAUUUUGGAUGGGUUAAAGAAAUUCAAACUCAAAAACACUUAGGCUGAAAAAUGCAGGCAAUACUUUAUUGACUAUAUUUAACUGUUAGAUCAAGAAAACUUGUCUCAAUUACAACUAGAAUGGCAAAAUUAUUUGGAUGGUCAAAUUAAAGUAUUGUCUUUAUGGUCAAACAAUUAAAUAUUCUCAACCAAUGAAUUUCAGGCUCUAAAAGUAAGCGAUAAAUACUAUGCACUCACAAGCAUGUCCAAAAACGUUUACGCUUUAUAAUCUUAUUAUCCAAUAGCAACUUAGAUAUAUAAUUCAGUCUAUUAAAAAAAGUUAUAAAAGGGAUAAGCUUUUCUCGCUCAACUAUCAAAUAUAUAUAAUUCUUCCGUCCAUAAUCCUCUCCCUUUCGAUAAUUUGUAUACCACAAAUUAGACUGAGGAUGAUUAGGCCAAAGUAAAAAAUAAAGAGAUAAAAUUCAAAUAUGCCUUCACCAAAUUUGAAUCAAAAUAAUGA